AUGGCAAAGCAGGCGCAGCUUAUGGAGGUGCUGAAGAAGGAGGUGAGAUCACUGCUAAUGGCUGCCAAAGAGGGCUUAACCCCAGCACAGCUGGAGCAGGAGUACAUGGCUAUGAUUGGCAAACCUCUCCCUCUACGUGACCUGGGCUUCCAAUCCACCUUGGAGCUGGUGGCAGAUAUGCCUGAAGUUGUCAGAGUCUGUCCUUAUGAGAAAGGCACUUUUAUCCUCAAAGCCAUUGCAGAUGAGACUACCAAAGCGAUUGCCAAACUGGUUGCCAGACAGAAGAGAAGUGCUAAGGCACGGAAGAGUGCUGCUGCAAAGGCAGAUGCUGCUUCUCCCUCUAAGAAUCCACAGAGUUUCCCUCGGAGGAGCAGAGCUCCUGUCCUGCCAGCGACGGUGAAGGCUGAGCUGCAGGAUCUGCUGAGUUCCUCACCGCUUCUGCUCUUGGACUUUGAUAAGGCCUUCUUCAGACGCUUUGGCCGGGCGUUCCAGUACACGCGGUAUGGAUUUUUCUCCAUGUUCGAAGUCCUCAGAAGCGUGUCUGAUAUCGUUGCAGUUGAGCAGACAAGAGCAGGUUCUUUGCUGACCCUGAAGAAGUACUUGGCAAGUGAGAUAGAGAAGGAAGAGAUGCUGCAGGGUGAGGCGCAGGAAGAGAUCCCACAAGCAGCACCUGCAGUUGAGAUGCCUCCUUUGGAACCCAGCUGUGAGACAGAGAGCUUCCACCUGACAGCAAAAGAGAAGUCAGAGCCAGUGGAAACACAAGCAGUAGAUUUGGGUGAUGACUUCAAACAACCUCAAGAUUUGGAGCAGUCCCUACUAGACAAGUUGAUAAUGACUCCAGAAAUCCCCCCAGAUGCUGUUCAGGACAGAAGCCUUUGCAGUUUACCACCACUGGAGAGAAGGUGCUUGGUGGGAGUCUUUGUGGAAUUCAUCGUCUCUCCUAGCCAGUUCUACAUCCACAUCUGCAGCAGGGAAACAUCUGAUAAACUGCAGGAUAUGAUGAUUGAGAUGAGACACUGUUACUCAAAUAAACUUGUUUCUGAUCGUUAUAUCAUGCCUGAGUCUUCAGUACAGCCUGGACAGCUUUGCUGUGUAACGGUCUCGAAAUGGUGGUACCGUGUUAUCAUCCACCGUGUGAUCAAUGACCAAGAAGUAGAGGUGUUCUACCCAGAUUAUGGAAACCUUGAAAUUGUCCGAAAGUCUUGGCUGAGAUUCCUCAAGUGGUGCUACUUGAAGCUCCCUGCUCAGGCCAUCCCAUGUUCCUUGGCAUGGGUAAAACCCUUGGAGGGUACGUGGUCCAAUGCAGCAACUCUCCUAUUCAAGAAGCUGUGUGGCUCCAAGCUACUUGUAGGCAUCGUGGAUGAAUAUGUGAAUGGCAUCUUGCAUCUCUUCCUGUGUGACACAUCCACUGAGGAGGACAUCUACUUCCACUGUGUCUUGAGGGAUGGGGGAUGUGCUGACGUCUGUGGAGAGAACAUUCCUUCCCAGGGAUUCAAGGAACUGAAUCCUUCGGCCUUGUAUGUUCAGCCUAGUGGAAAGCAGGAGAAUGCUGAACUGGUGGAGCCAGACCUUCGCUUGCAGCAGGAAUCUCUAGCAGAUAGUGAAACAGCAAGCUCAAAGCUGGAUGGGGAUGAACUGUGUGACCAGACUUUCUGCUGCUUUCAUGCAGAAGUCUUUGUCUCUGCCCUCUAUGAAGAGAAAAUGAAGAACAAAGAUCUUCCCAGGAGUCUUGCAGUUGGCCUGGGCAGUGCCAGUGGGCUGUCUGACCAAGGGCCAUCUCAGAAACUCUAUGUCCCUCCUACCACGCUAUCUGCAGUGGUGGCAGCUGCACGCUUAGCCACUUCCAAUGACUACUUCCAGUGGCUCCCCAGCCUGAGAAGGAAGGUGUGA